AUGCUUCGCUCGAGAAUGACUCCGCCGCGGGAUCCGACAUGUAGGCAAAUCAACACCAAAUUCACCUCGAAGCUCUACACGUUCGUCUUUCUGACUCUGCUCGCUGCAUUCUUCGGCAGGCAAAGCUACUCGACAUCGCUGGCAUCAUCAGUCCGAGAAUACAAGAUGGAGCACGGUCGCCGCUUUCACGCCUACAAAGAUGGCGCUUAUAAUUUCCCCAACGACGACAAAGAGCAGGAUCGGCUGGACAUGGUGCACCAUAUGCAGAUGCUCGCGAAAGACAAGAAACUGUUCCUGGCCCCGCUCUCCGCGCCGCCAAAGCGCAUCCUCGAUGUCGGCACUGGGACUGGUAUUUGGGCGAUUGAGGCUGGCGACGCGUAUCCAAAUGCUGAAAUCAUUGGCAACGAUUUGUCUCCCAUCCAGCCGCAUUGGGUGCCCCCCAACGUCCGCUUCGAAGUCGACGACGCCGAAUCCGACUGGCCCACCGACCGCGCCGGCCUCUUCGACCUAGUCCACUGCCGCUACCUCGCCGGCUCCAUCGCUGACUGGCCCCGUCUGAUGCGACAAGCCUUCACCGCCACCAGACCGGGCACCGGCUGGGCCGAGUUCUCCGACUACGAGAUGCGCUACUACGCCGACGACGGCAGCAUGCCUGCCGACUCGCACAUGGCCCGUCUCGCGGACCUGCUCGUCGACGGCUGCGCCCAGAUCGGCCGCACCGUCUCCCCCGGCCCCCAGCUGCAGACGUGGAUGGAGGACGCGGGCUUCGUGGAUGUGCAGACGCGCCUGUGCAAGUUGCCGCUGGGCGCGUGGCCGAAGGAUCCGGUGUUGAAGAAGAUUGGCGCGUUUAAUUUCGUGCAGACGUAUGAGGGGUUGGAGGCGUUUGUGUUGGGCGUGUUUACGAGGGUCCUCGGGUGGUCGGCGGAUGAGGUGCAGGUUUUCGUCGCGAAGUGUCGGAGGGAUAUGAAGAGGAAGGAUGUGCAUAUGAUGCUGAACUUUCAUGUUGCGUAUGGGCGGAGGCCGGAGGAGACGGCGGUGUGA